AUGGUGCAUACCAUAAAAGACAUUAACGCUCAACAAAUCUUAAAGUCACUUCUGUCAUUGCUGCUGGGGAUUUGGAGGUUCCUUCUAGGGAUGAGGAGGAUGAAACUCCAACAUAACAACCUUUUAUUGAGGCUACUCCCUCUGUCAGAAAGAGAAAUGAGACUGCCUCAGUCCAUGAUAGUGCCGCUCAGCCUGCGACUUCAGGAAUUUGCAGCAGCUCCCACCAACUCCUCUAGGACAGAUGAAGAGCUAAGAGAGGUCUUCGAGGCAAUAGAGCAGGAAAAAGAACAACAAGAAGAAGAAGAUGUCCCUUCCAAGGAGAAGAACAAAGAGUCGGAAGAAGAGGAGGAGAUUCAUGCUGAGGUGAUAGCAAAGAGCAUUGCCUUGGCAGAACCCACGAGCUCAGAACUGGCUUUAUUCGAUGAUGAGGAGGCAGAACAUUUUGCUGAAGCUCAAAUGCCCAUGGAACAGUCAAAACUGUCUAUUUUAGAACCGAAGGAGCAUGCAGAUCUUCUUGUUGCAGCCUCAAAACCUGAAGUGGAGGCAUCUGCUGCUGUUCCUAGAUUUGUGAUGCCUAUCCACUCCCUUCCAGCUUCAUCUGCCACCGCCUCUUAUGCUGAUCCAGAGCUGGCAGAAUUUGAGGUUAUGGAUCUGGACUCCCAGCUGGACAAGCUGGAGAAACUCAGUUCUACUCCUUGGAAAGCCAAGUCCAAGGCAGUUGAGGAGGCUAUGGAGAGACUGAAGAUCUAG